GAGGAAGAAGGGAGAGAGGAUACAGACAGCACUGCAGGAAGGAACACCCACCAAGCAGCAGCGGCGACAAAGGGGGCUGAACCUUUGAGCUCCUGCUUGCAAACGAACGUGCAAGGGGAGGUGGCAGGGAAGGCCACUGCUGGGUAGCUGCCUGGUGCAAGACCAUGUCUGCUCCAAAGCAAAGGGAGGCCACGGUGAAGGCCGUGAUCUUCCUGGCAAACGGAGACGAGUGCCGGUGCAUCCGGAUGGCAGAGACAGCCACCAUUCAGGAUCUUGUUGACCACAUGUUGCGAGUUCAAGACGACUGGGCUGAGAUUAACGUGGAUGGCCAGAAGCCGCUGUCCUUCAAAGCUGGUGAGGACAGCAGCACGGAUGAUGUCCGUGACAGGUAUGCCAUCGUUGAAGUGUGCACGCCUGCCGGUGGCGAUGCCCCGAGAGAGCGGUUCCUGCCCAAGGACAUGCGGCUGGACGAUCCCCAGAUGCGACCUGUUCGACAGGCGUGGGAGCGCAUCAUGUUCAGGCAACUGAGGGCGCAGUUUGCGCGCGCGUUCGGGCGAUCAGCGCAGGGCCAGGACAACGGGAAAGGCAAAAGCAAGGCCGCAAAGAAGAGAGCACAGCAGCAGCGACAGCAACAGCAGCGGCAGCAGCGAGAACAGCUGUUGCAGGCGCGGCGCCAAGCCAAGGGGAAAGGGGGGAAGAAGGGCGGAGCUAGCGACUACUGGUUCAUAUCCCCUGUCCCCUCCAACCCAAAGACACAGGACGUGCGGCUCAAGUUUGUUGAUCGCGACGACUACGAGGUGGUGAAGGACAAGGAAGGGUGGCUGGACGUGAAGGAGAACGGCAAGAGGCGUUCGCGGUGGGUUGUGUACCAAGAGGAUACACUCAUGCUGUACAAGGACCCCGACGAUGACGAGCCGGCAUUUGUCCUCAAGGACGUCGCUGACUGCGAAUUCAACACAAAGAAGGCUGCACCCGCCAGCCGCGUUCUCAAGCUCAAGUCCGGGAUUGUCGACUCCAUCCCCGAAUACACGGAGGAGGAAGAAGAGCGGGACAUUACAGAGGCGCUGUCGCUGGCGAAACUGCAGCGUGGGGCCGGCGACGGCGGCUAUCUCACCAUCGAGCAGCUCAAAAGCGGCACCAGUAGCAGCAGCAAGCCGACUUCCGCGGGCACAGACGACGUGGAGGACGUUUAUUUGUCGCUGGAUGACGUGGACUAUGACGAUGUGAUGAUGAAUGAAGAAGGCGACUACUUGACGGUUGACACGCUGCGGGAGUUGGCAGAGGAUGCCGGGUACCUGAGUGUGGACGAGAUGAACAGACUCGCAAACGACCAAGGCGACUACCUGGAUGUUGUUGCCAUCCGGCAGCUGGCGCGCGACGCGGGCUAUCUGAGCGUGAAUGAAAUGCGUGACUUGAUGGAGGACGACUACAUGACCGUGGACGAAAUGCACGAGCUCGCAACGCAAUGAUGCAAUUAUGCAAUUAUGCAAUGAUGCAAUACACGUGUACACAUGGCCGUGCGUGCUGUCAGUGUUGACACCAUGUGCGUGUGUACGUGUGCUCUUCCCUGUGCGUGUUCCCUCCCCAUCAUCAAGUUAUAUCUUCUCUGUUUUCGCAUUCUAUGUGUCUUGGGGUUGUGGGUGGCGACACGUGAUGUGACAUGACUUCAAACAGAAGCACGCAAGUGUGCGCUUCUGUACCGCAACAACUUAUUCCACGUCUGCUGCCCCUGCUCUCUCGCUUGCUUCCUCGCGUGCAAUCACAUGUGCUUUUACGACAGGUUUGGAAAAGAAGAAAAAAAGAAUGGAAAUGCAAACCAC